UGCUAACCAUUUGGGCAUCCGGAGCCUGGCCUAGUGGACUAUCCCCAGCGACUAUUGGCGGGCCUUCAACCUAAGCUCCUGUUUUAGCUGUUGAUCCAGUGAGUUCUGCCCUUGCAGACGGCUCCCAGAGCUUACGCAGUAAGGCGUUUUUGCUUUUUUGGAGAUUGACAGGAGUGGACCACCAUGGCCCAAUUCCCCCCCAAAACCCAGCUUCAGUUCGCUCACCUAAGGUCCCUCCCCCGGAAUUGGAAUCCAGAGAAUUCGUUUCGCUCUGCCUCCUGAAACCUCGAAUGAGUUGAAAUUCGAUACCAUUCUGAUUUAUUUGAAUAUUUCAUCUCCGGGGAACUGAGGCUUUCUUUCGACCAACCAAACGGAGCGACCCGUGCUAUAUCCUUGCCGGUGUUAAUUCCACGUUUUAUCACCCCUGAGACCACUUUUCGAGCUCAAUUCCAACACCGAACAACGAAACAUUCACAAGGGAAAAAUGACAAAAUCAUACCACAAGGAAUGAUGGCGACAAUCGUCGGUCCUGCCCAGUAAAAACCCUGUUAGACAGACAGCCUUCUGGACAGCCAGCACUAGUUUGGUGAGAAGGGGAAGGUGUCGCCGCUACCUCUCGCCCCCUCUAUUCCAAGCAUUCAGUCGUCUGCUUUCGCCAAUUCAUCAUUCUCCUUCUCCGCAAAGUUAAUACAUACCUACCACCUUGUCCUGGCGAAUCCCAUUGAACAUUUCUUAACUCUCUUGAUACUCCGUUCCUCGGCGACACCAUAUAUCUUAGCACCUUCGAUUUUUUCCUUCGCAUCAAUAGACACCCUCAGAAAUAGUCGCAUAUAGAUUUCUCGAACGAUUUUUCCCUGGUUUUUCAGCAUAAACUCAUCUCUCCACUCCCAAGAAACGAUAGAUGCCUAUUGAGGCAUAGAGAAAUUCGAAUCGAACAAUCGAAACCCGGAAAUUGAAACCCGUUUCACCCCGAUGACGCAGCUCUAAAACUACGAACAGAAAUAACCAGCAACAUUACGACCCCUAUCUUCGGAACGAGGAAAUAAUAUAUUUUCGCUCUCCCUCAGUAGAGUGUGCAUAACACACUACAACUCCCAACCACAUCCCCAAUGGCUUCAAUUAGCCAAGACGUCAAGGUGUUCGAUGCAGGAUUCGAUCCGUAUUCCCCUAUGGAGCAGCAACUCACGCCUGUUGACGAAUGCGACCCCAACAAUACCAAAAGCUUAUCAGCCUGGACGACGCAGGAAGAAACUCUCCUACCUUCACCGAACCCAUGCCAUCGCCCACCCAGUAGCCCAGCAGGGAGCGAUUUCGACCCUUCGCGAGGAGCAAAGCCAUUAUCCCCAUUCUACAUACACCCAACAACCCGCACAUCGCUCGAACAAGUGAGAAGUGAGGCGCAGGCGUAUUGCCAGGGAUACAAGCUGCACGAUGCGGAGAAUGGGUAUCAGGUGCCCAUUAAGCCAUCGAUGGAUGGCCAGGGAAGUGAUAGAGGGCUCUGGGGCCCCUGCCCAAAUAGCAGACGCAAGAAGUCCAAGUGGCUAGGCAGGCUUAGCCGGAAACAGAGGCUCGCCGUCAAGGGCUUGAUUGCGUUGUUUAUUGCGGGAUCUAUGGUGGGAAUAGGAUUAGGUAUUUCCAUCUCGCUCGGCGGAGGGGUCUGGAAAUCAAAGAACCAACAAGGGGAGAUUCCGAGGCCGGGAUGAAGGCAGGCGGAGGAUUGACAAAGGUAUGAAUAUCUAAGGAUAGAAUAAUGUUGCGCUUUUUCUUUUUGGGCUAAUUAAGGGCACUUUGGUGCGACCGCAUUUCAUGAUGAAUGCGCCACGUGCUUUUCCAACCACACUCGUUCUUGAUUCCUGUUUUGCGCUGUCGGCUUAAUAUUAAAUAGACAUACCUCGUCAUCGUGCUCGAUUCCAAUGAAGCCGCGGCUGUUAGAUACGUCUCCGUAACAAAGAGAAUUGGCAGACAAAGAUGAUCAAUGGCACACUGCAACGCGGCUCCAAGGUGUUAAUUGGGAUAUGAUAUUUGGGACACAGGCGUUAUUUUUCCUUCCUCAUUCUUUUCCCUCGUUCAUUUUCUUAUUUGUCUUUCCUUGCUUUUCUUUCCGUUUGUCUUUUUUUCUGCAUAUAUCAAGGGAAAGCGAGCAAGUGACUAAAUUCCCUAGAAGGGGGAAUUCUUCAUAUUGUUGUUCCUCAUACAUGCAUCCCCGGCGUCCAUGGAAGCGAUUCGAUGCUCAAAGCACCAGGCAAUCUCUCAUUAUAAUACAUAAGUGAAAGACAAAGGCCAAAAUGAAAUCUUAAUACUUAAUUCACGCCUGAAAACAUACAAAAGAAGAGCAAGAAAUGAAAUCAGAGGUGAAUAUACAAAGCAGUCGAGCAAAGAGAAUAAUG